AUGGCCCACGCCAAGAGAAAGACUCGAAAGCUUAGGGGUCAUGUAUCUCAUGGACAUGGCCGUGUAGGAAAACACCGGAAGCAUCCCGGUGGACGUGGUAAUGCAGGUGGUGAGCACCAUCACCAAAUCAAUCGUGAUAAGUUCCAUCCUGGUCUUUUCGGAAAGGUUGGUAUGCGAGUAUUCCACUUGAAUAAGAACCACUACUAUUGUCCAACUGUGAACGUUGAUCGGUUAUGGUCGUUAGUUCCCAAAAAAAUCAAGGAGCAAGCCACACCUACUAAGGCUCCGGUUAUUGAUUGUGUUAAGGCUGGUUAUUUCAAGGUUCUUGGAAAAGGACUACUACCGAAGCAGCCCCUCAUUGUGAAGGCAAAGUAUUUUUCACAUGAAGCUGAAAACAAGAUCAAAGAAGCUGGAGGCGCUUGCAUUUCGCAACUUGCACUCGAGAUGGCUUUAAAUCAGGAAAUGGCUUGCGUUUACGCUGCUCUCAUUCUUCAAGAUGACGAGGUCGCUAUUACUGGUGAUAAGAUCGCUACGCUACUGAAGGCCGCUAAUGUCGACUUUGAGCCUUUUUGGCCAGGGCUUUUCGCAAAAGCUGUUCAAGGAGUAGACGUGAAGAACCUCAUCUCAUCCGUGGCGUCCGGUGCUGGAUCUGCUGCACCUGCGGCACCUACCGCUUCUGCUGCUGCACCUGCUGCUGCGGCUGAGAGCGCACCAGCUGCUGAGAGCAAGAAGAAGGAAGAACCUAAGGAGGAGUCUGAUGAUGACAUGGGCUUUGGACUCUUUGACUAA